AUGAUCAUACUCAAACAAUUUCUUUGUCAAUUAUUCUCUGUUCAAUGUCAAUUAACAACUCUUCGACUUGAUAUUAGCAAUGAACUAAUGGAUGGUAAUAUUCAUCGAUGUUUAACAUCAAAUUCUCAUCUAUCUUCGAAUUUUAUGCGAUGUCAACCUCAAUCUUGUUCUAUGACUCUUCGUCGUUUAUUUAUUCAACUUAAAUAUACAUGUUUUUGGGAAAAUAUUAUCAAACAUGUACCCAAUCUCGAACAAAUGUUAGUUCAGUUUGAUUCUUCAUUGAGAUUAGAUCCAUUAUGGAAAUCGCAUGUUGAAAUGCUGAGAAAAUCAAAUAGAAAUUGGUCUAAUAAAGUAAGAAAAAUCAUCUUUUUUUUAUUUUAUGAAUUUUGUCAAGAUAGUUUUUGCUUUUGACUAAUAAAAACAAUUGAGACCUUUUUUAGGUACCAAAACUACGAUAUUUAAGUUUACAAACUUCCAUUUACGAAGAUUUACAAUUUGUUUAUUUGAAAUGACUUCUCAACAAUUUAAAUCAUAUUGAAAAACUUUGACUUCAUCUUGAAAGUGAUAAACUAAUUGAAACGAGAUGUCAAAAAAUAUGGAAAUUUUUUAUUGAUGCCAAUUUCAUUCGAGAAUAUUGUUUACCAGAUACAAUGCCGAAUUUAAUUUAUUUCAAUUUUUAUAUUUAUUCAGAAUG